GACAUUCUUCCUCUCUGAUGUUUUGCAGAAGUUGGUUACAACAACAAUGUGGAGUAGACAGAGGUGCUGAAGUUACCAUUGCCUGUCUUUUUGACCUGGCAUUACACAUGGACAUUUAAUUUAAACAAUAAACAAACAUAACCUACGUGUCAUCUUUUAGUCGUGGCUAGGCUACUUAUAAUGCUGUUUUGUUAAUAAAGGAUUAGUUUUGUGCGGGACUGCCAGCCUAUAUAAACAACAUUUGACAUUUAGAAUUGCACUGCAUAUUCUACAGUUUUUGUUUUAUGUUGACAUAGACUUACACUAUUAUUUAUCAUAGUGUACAGCUCGAGCUCUGGGACACAUGUGAGGGUUAUUUUGGUGUGAUGCGUGUGCGAGGUAUAAUCCUCUGCUGGAUGCGAAGCAAGCUCAGGUAGCCUAAGAGCUGUCCUCUCUAUUUCUUAAUGUCAAAACCCAAGAAUGUCUGCUUAGCAUGGCUGUGGCUCCUGAACCGGCGACCCAAGGACCGUUAUGGCUUUUAGAACAGUCUAUUCGGACCCCCUGUCCCGAAGCAUUUUCAAGAAAUUCGUGGUUAUGCUGUGUUCUCUCCUCACCUCCAUGUACCUCCUCCACUGCCUCACGGACCGCUGUAGCAGCAUGCCCACGCCGGUGAAAGCCUCCAGCCAAGUCGUGGGCUUUUUCGCAUCGGAACUACAAGACUUGAUGUCGCUGAGGAGGAAAAGACUGUUAAAGAAAUGGACCACGGAGUCCAAGGUGCGCUUGAGCUACGAGAGCGCUGACGACACUAAACGGAUCUCUGAGGACUCACUGUUCGACGAUACUGAUAGGGGACAGGUUUUGUACGAACCGGGACCUCAGGUGGACAGCGAUAGCGAGAACCGGGAAUUGUCGCGUGAUAUCCAGCUUUCAUUGGAUGACAUCGUUUCUUCGAAGAGAUUGUCACACCGGUUUACAGUGAAGACGGGAAGUACCGGUAAACUCAGUCCACUUGGAGAGGGGAGAAAGGAGCUGCCCCAGGCGCUGAUCAUCGGGGUGAAGAAAGGAGGGACGCGCGCGAUACUCGAGUUCCUCCGCGUGCAUCCAGACAUCAGAGCCGUGGGAGCCGAGCCGCACUUCUUCGACCGUAACUACGAGAACGGACUGGAGUGGUACAGAGAGCUGAUGCCCAAGACCCUGGAGGGCCAGAUCACCAUGGAGAAGACCCCCAGCUACUUUGUGACCAGAGAGGCCCCGGCCCGGAUCUCCGCCAUGUCCCGGGACACCAAGCUGAUCGUGGUGGUGAGGGACCCCAUCACCAGGGCCAUCUCUGACUACACACAGACGCUGUCCAAGAACCCAAAAAUUCCCACCUUCGAGAGCUUGACCUUCAAAAACAGGACUACGGGGCUCAUCGACACGUCCUGGAGCGCCAUCCAGAUUGGCAUCUAUGCCAAGCACCUGGACAACUGGCUAGAGUACUUCCCCAUGGGCCAGAUUCUGUUCGUGAGCGGGGAACAUCUGAUCAGCGACCCAGCCAGAGAGCUGGGCAGUGUGCAGGACUUCCUGGGACUCAAGAGGAUCAUCACAGACAAACACUUCUACUUCAACCAGACCAAGGGCUUCUCCUGCCUCAAGAAGGCUGAGGGCAGCAGCAAGCCCCACUGCCUGGGCAAAACCAAAGGGCGGACCCACCCCAACAUCCACCCAGAGGUGGUGCAGAGGCUACGGGACUUCUACAGGCCUUUCAACAUGAAGUUCUACCAGAUGACGGGACGCAUGUUUGGUUGGGACGACUGAUUUUGCUUUGGUGGAUUUACAUUUGAGUCAUUUACCAGAUACUCAUAUUGAGUGACUUACAGGAGCAAUUAUAGUUAGGUGCCUUGCUCAACAGAUUGUCCACCUAGUCGGCUCAGGGAUUCAUACCAGUGAUCUUUCAGUUACUGUCCCAACACUCUUAACCGCUAAGCUACCUGCCGCUCCAGAAUACAGAUGACCAGAGAACACAGAUGACUGUUGACACUGCAGUAUAACUGUGGGACAGCAACAACACUUAGCCAAGAGGCAAUAUGUGUCUGUGAUAGCGGGGAAAAGUUCUUAUCUGCUCUUACUGGCAAUUCAGAUAUUUAACGUGUUCACUGUGUUACUGUGUCUCAGGACCAAUAUCAGCUGAGGCUGGUUGAAGGAAAUAGAGAGGGAUUAUCCCUGAUAGAGCAUGUGGUGGUUCUAAUACAGAGAGAUACUGCAUCUCUACCUCUCCCUGUAGUUCCUGUCAGAGGGCUUUCUGUUUGGGAACCUUUCAGGGAUGCAAAAGACAAAUAUGUUGUUACUGUAUAGGAGGUUAUAUGAAAUCAAAACAGAGAGACUUUGGAUAAAAAGCCUUGUCUGAGUGAUUCUAUACCAUAUUGUAAAGCAAACCCAGCUGCUUUUCAAAGAAUUGUAUUUUUCUAGAAACAUUUUGAAAAGUUAAAACUGCAUUUAAUUUAUUUAAGAUGGUGUACACAUGCGGAAUAUAAUAUACAAGUUGAUAUGCUUUAUGUUUUCUGUGCUUAUAGAAUGUUGUUUUAUACUGUACACAUUUUUUUUCUUUAACAUGUUUAUUAAGAUUAUUCGUUUGAAUAUGUAUAUGCGAUUCCCGGACUCUUUUCCUGCUGAGCUUGUAAUUAUAAUCCUGCGAGGGUUUGUUAUUCUGAGGGCAGUUUCCCCACGCUGAGUUAAUGGACUUGAUUGAAUUACAAGGUAGAGAGCGAGAUAGAGUAAAGAUAGCACUCAAUGGAAGUGUCCAGUGGCACCGAAUUCUCUAUAUAGUGCACUACUUUUUACCAGGGCCCAUAGAGAAUAGGGUGCCAUUUGACCAGGGCCCAUAGGGAAUAGGGUGCCAUUUGACAAGGGCCCAUAGGGAAUAGGGUGCUAUUUGGGAUGCAUAGUGAGUCAACUGUUGUAUCAGUAACAGCAGCUCAUCAACUAUAAUAAUGAGACCUCUAGUGGGCCUAACCAAAUUAUUUAUCAGAUUUCCUCUUUAACAUGCCUCUUUGUGAACUGAAAACAGUUGCUGUCAUCCAGCCUUUCCUUGCCUCGGAGGUAACCGUGGAUGGAGGUGACUCUCUGGGUCUUUUUAAAGGAGCCAGAGAACAAUUUUGAAGUUGUGUUUUUGAUUUAUAUCUGCCUGGUUGUGAGCUUCCAAAAAGCCUCUCCCCUUUCAAAUGUUCCUGAAAGGGAAACUUCAUCAUGCUCAGUGUUUUCAAUAUGAGUUCAGGGGGAAACAUAUCAAUUUGCCAUCACUAUUUAUCAUAAGUACGUUAUAAUUUUGUCUAUUUCAUUUGAAGUCAUGUUGGAUUUCUAAAUCACACUUUAUAAACAGUUCACAUUUGUGAAGUCCUGAUCCUGCCUUAUCAUCCUCACCAGUGGGCCUGUUGUUAUGCUUCAGAACAGUCACUCAAUGGACCACAGAACAGCAGAUGUAUUCAUACGAGGUUAAGUACUGUUGUGUCAAAGUUAUUUUGAGUAAAGGCUUAUUUACACAGCAAAGAACUACAACUAGCUACGCAAAAUGGUGAUCCUGCGUAGCAAAGAUCUGUGUGCAGCCCCUGAAUUAUAAACCCUCUCCCAUCUCCCCACAACUCCUUCUCUAGUUGUCUCUGCUCAUCUCGACCAAGCUUACAGGAUGUCAAAGGGGGCUCCAACCAUGCUAAAAUAUGCUUUCUAUCUAAAAGGCUUAUUUUUGGACUGCUGGUUUCCCUUGCGGGGUGAGGUUCUAGUCCAGGAGGCUUGUAGAGCACAGCCUUAAGAAGUUGGUAACAGCACUCCUCAUGUCCCCUGACUGUGAAACACUGUGUGGAACUGGUUGCUAAUGUGUAUGGUUAAGAGGUUGCACUGGCAACCACAGAUGACGCUCCAGGGGACGCUCAAGGGAAGAAAGGUUUGUCUUCUCUCAAGAGAGACACCUCGCCACUCUAUACCGCUUGGUACCCUUGCUUAUUCCGCUAGUGUUUAGACCUUGGCUAGAUUCAACGCAUAUCGCAGAAGACACUACUGAAAUGUGAAGGACAUUUUUGAUUAGGCUGACGUCAAAUCAAAUCAAAUUGUAUUGGUCACAUACACACAGUUAGCAGAUGUUAUUGUGUUUGUACCGAAAUGCUUAUGCUCCUUGAUCCGACAGUACAGCAGUAACUAACAGGUAAUAUCUAAGUCUUUGGUAACGGGCCGUGUCGGU